UCAGCUUCCUUGGCGCCAACGCGGUACACGACGGCAGCGCGGAGGGGUCGUCGAAAGCUAUAUCUAUCGCGGUCCACGGUUCCACAACCACGGGAUCAUGGUCCAGCUCGAGAAAAGCUUGGCAAGGUGUGUGCGGAAUUGUAGAUAGGCUGGUCGAGGAGGAGAGCGAGUACGUGCAGCGUGCGCUCACAUGGCCGGACUGGGAGGAGGCGGCGGUCUCAGCGACUACCUUGACCGGCCCAACGCCAUCCACCGCCGCACCGCGUCGCUCGCCAUCGCGCGGUCCGGCGACGAUGGACAGCGCAUCAUGGAUGGGAUUGGGCGGGAGGGUCGGAGGGCGCGCUCGUCGCGCCGUCUCUCGCUGUCGUCGUGGCUCGGGCCGCGCUCCAGGCCUCUGCCGGCCGACGACACCACGUCCGUGGACUCGAGAAGCCGAGAAUUCGAGGGGAGUGGCAGCGCCAAGGGGAAGCCGUCGGCGUGGAGCAGCUGGAAGCCCGUGCGCGCGCUCUCUCGCAUCGGGAAGCGCCGCGCCGGGUGCCUCUUCUCCAUCGAGGUGGCCGCCGUGCGCGGCGUGCCGGCCUCCAUGGACGGCCUCCGCCUCGCCGUCUCCGUCCGCAAGGCCGAGACCAAGGACGGCGCGAUGCAGACCAUGCCGGCCCGGGUGUCGCACGAUGGCACCGCGGAGUUCGACGAGACGCUCUUCGUCAAAUGCAACCUCUACUUCACCGGCGGCCCGGGCACCGGGAAGCCCCUCAAGCUCGAGCCUCGCCGGUUCGUUCUGUCCGUCGUCCCCGUCGAGGUGCCGGACAUCCGUCUGGGGACGUACACCGUCGACGUGAGCUCGCUUGUGCUGGACUCCCUCCAGAAGAGCUCCGAGGGACGCCGCGUCCGGUGGUUCGACAGGGCGUUCGGACUCGCCGGCAAGGCCGCCGGUGGCGAGCUCCUGCUCAAGCUGGGGUUCCAGCUCAUGGAGGACGCGGGGCUCCGUCUCUACACGCAAGCCGCGGGGAGAUCGUCGAGGGACGUGUCCGUGUCCCCCUCCCGUGCGAGGGUUCACAACAAGAACUCGUUCAGCGUCGCCAGUACGACGCCCAAGCUUUCAACGUCCGACGGAGCCAUCUCGCCUUCCAUGAGAGCUUACAGGCAGCUGGUAGACAGGCUCAACAUCGACAAGCGUCCCGAAGACGACGAGCUCUCCACCGCAAGUGGCGCUGGCGACGUCGACUAUGUCAUCCCGGAGUACGAGGUGGUCGACAAGGGCGUCGAGACGGUCAAAGAGGUCGUCCACUUCCAGGACCAGCGCGACGUGCUACGCGAGCUCGACUCCAUUGGCGAGCAGAUCGAAGCCAUCGAGGCGCUGAUGGCGAGCGGCGGCAAGAAGUCGCCGACGGGAGCCGGUCAGCAGCCGCGGCUCGAUGCGGAUGAAGAGAUGGUGACCGUUGAGUUUCUUAGGAAGCUCGAGGCAGUGGACGACGACAAGUUCAGGAAGCUGAAGCAGCCCAUGACACCAAGAUCAAGCGAGUCGCAGAAGAAGGCGCCCGUGGUGCCGGACUUGGGACAAAGCCUUGGCCCGGCGGUGCAAACGCGUGACGGCGGGUUCUUGGUGUCGAUGAACCCGUACAACGUGCCGCUUGCAAGCAGAGACGUACCCCCGGUGCUCGCCAUGCAGGUGUCGAGGCCGUUCGUGCUGCCAAGUGCCAUGGCCGCGACUGGAUUCGAUGUGCUCCAGAAGAUGGCGGCCGCGGGCGGACCCGACGAGGUUCGGGACAAGGUGGCGUCGCUAGGGCGCAUGGAAAGCCUUACCGGAAAGACGCCCGAGCAAGUGGGUUUCGAGGGCAUCGCGGAGGCAGUCAUCGGCGGUAGGCGGACCGAGGGUGGCGCGAGCUCAAGCGCGGCGCGGUCGGUCAGGCUCGUCCGGAAGCUCGCCACCGCCUUGUCCGAGGGCCGGAUGGAGCGCGUCGCCACCGGCAUCUGGAGCGCGGGAAACGAUCCGGAGACGUUGGAUGAGGUACUCGCAUUCUCGUUACAGAAGCUCGAGGCCAUGGCCGUGGACGCGCUCAUGAUCCAGGCCGAGAUGGCCGACGAGGAGCCGCCGUUCGAGGUAGCGCCGGCUGCGGGGGAAACGAACGUGUUCGACGCGCUGGUGCCGUCCGACGAGUGGUCCGAGUCCCGUGGCGGCUCGGACGGCCGCGUCACGCUGGUGGCGGCCAUCCAGCUGCGUGACCCGUCCCGGCGCUACGAGGCGGUGGGGGCGCCGAUGAUCGCCGUCGUCCAGUCGGCGCGGAUGCUGGGCGCGGCGGGGCUCAGCGGGGGGAGGUUCAAGGUGAGGAGCCUGCACGUGGGCGGAGUGCAGACGAGGUGCUUGUCGGGAGUCGGCGGAAGCGCGAGCUGGCGCGCCGAGCGGCAGAAGUUGACGGCGAUGCAGUGGACGCUCGCCCACGGGCCGGGCCGCGCCGCCAAGAGGGUGCAGACGCCGCCAUCGUCGCGGGCAGCGAGGGUGAGGCAGCAGCAGCAGCGGCCAGACGUCGUCUGGAGCCUGUCGUCGAGGGUGCUCGCCGGGAUGUGGCUCAAGACGGUGCGGAACCCGGACGUGAAGAUCAGCGCCGCCGGCAGCACGUGACAUGGGCGCUGGUCGAGCUGAUGCGACAGAGUGGAUGUGUUGGUAGACUUCAUGAUAUAGAAUAUGCAGAUUCCAGUAGUAUACUGUAUAUGGACCUCGUAGAUAUGCAGGCAAUGUUAGACUGUGCAUUCGUGCAGUGUUUACAGAAUUGUCAGCAUUUAAAUGUUACCCAUUCUUCAAAAUAGUGAAUUGCAGUUUUUAUCCCCUA